AUGAUUUUCGGUUUGGAGUCCCAGGCGCUGUCUCGUCCACAACGAUGUGCGGCUGACCAGCGCGCGCGCGCCCCUUGCAGGCUGCGGGCGCCGCCAUGCCGCUCCGCCGCCGCCUUCGCCACCGCCGNNGCGCCGCCGCUGCCCGCGCCGCUCCUGCUUCUGCUGCUAGUGCUGGCGCUGGCCGCAGCGCGCGCUGCCGCCGCCGGGGAGUUCGUCAAGGGCCGCAUCUGCAUCGGCACCAACGGGCGCAUCUCGGUGCCGUCCAACCGCGAGCACCACUACCGCAACCUGCGCGAGCGCUACACCAACUGCACCUACGUGGACGGCAACCUCGAGGUGACGUGGCUGGAGGACCCGCAGCUGGACCUGAGCUUCCUGCAGCACAUCCGCGAGGUGACGGGCUACGUGCUCAUCUCGCACGUGAACGUGCCCCGCGUGGUGCUGCCGGCGCUGCAGAUCAUCCGCGGGCGAACGCUCUUCCGCAUCGCGGUGAAUGAUGAUGUUGAGGAAAACCCUCGCCGAGAUCUCAAUAUCCUUCAAGGAAACGUGGGUCUAUUGAAUAACUACAACUUGUGCCACAUUAGAACAAUUAACUGGGAUGACAUCAUCACUGGACCGGGUGCUCAUGUUGUACACGUGUACAACUUCACAAUGCCAGAACGGGAAUGUCCUCCCUGUCAUUCUUCCUGUGAAAAUGGAUGUUGGGGUGAAGGCCCUCAUAACUGCCAGAAGUUCUCAAAAAUCAACUGCAGUCCACAGUGCCAUCAGGGGCGGUGCUUUGGAACCAACCCACGCGAGUGCUGUCACUUAUUCUGCGCUGGUGGCUGUCGUGGUCCUAAACAGAGCGACUGCUUGGCGUGUCGGAACUUCUAUGAUAAUGGGGUAUGUACACAAGAAUGUCCACCCAUGCAGAGGUAUAAUUCCAUAACGUAUUCAUGGGAAAGUAAUCCAGAUGGCAAGUAUGCGUAUGGGGCAACAUGCGUGAAGAAAUGCCCUGAUCACCUGUUGAAGGACAACGGAGCAUGUGUUCGAAGUUGUCCUCAAAACAAACGAGCUGUUGAAGGGGAGUGUGUCCAGUGCGAUGGGCCUUGUCCAAAGAAAUGCGAGGGUGAAUCAUCAGUCCAUUCAGGAAACAUAGAGAAGUUCAAAAAUUGUACAAUAAUUGAAGGCUCAAUCUCUAUUUUGGAUACAAGUUUUAAAGGUUUCCAACAAAUUUAUAGCAAUUACACUUUUGGGGAACGUUAUGAGCCCAUGCAUCCUGAUCGCCUGGAGGUUUUCAGUACUCUUAAAGAGAUCACUGGAUACCUACAUAUUGAUGGAUCUCAUCAAGAUUUUAGAAAUUUAUCUUACUUUAGGAAUCUCGAAACAAUUGGUGGAAGACAACUGACUGAUUAUUUUGCUUCCUUAUAUAUUGUAAAAACCACACUUACUUCCUUCGGUCUCAAAUCGUUGAAAAAAAUAAGUUCUGGAAGUAUAGCUAUUUUAGAAAAUCCGGAUUUAUGUUUUGCAGAGAGCCUAAAUUGGACUAGGAUCAAAGCAUCUGCAGAUCACAGUGUUCUUCAAGGAAACAACAGGAAGACUGAGGAAUGCAUUGCAGCAGGAAUGGUGUGCGAUAAAGAAUGUUCCGAUGAAGGGUGCUGGGGUCCUGGAGCAGACCAGUGUUUGUCAUGUGCACACUUCCAUCUUGGAAGCAGAUGCAUUCACAACUGCAAUUCUCUCCCAGGAAUUUAUCAGUCUGGUGAAAAAAUGUGCAGUUAUUGUCAUGAAGAGUGCGCUAGCACUUGCAAUGGUCCAGGCCCUGGCAACUGCACUUCGUGCAAGCACACAAAAGAUGGCCCCUUCUGCACGGCUGAAUGCCCAGUCACAAAAUAUGCGUCUGAAAAUGGGGAAUGUAAGCCAUGUCACUCGAACUGUGUAGAUGGAUGUACAGGACCUUACAAUACAGUGGGAUCGGGAGGUUGCAAUUCUUGUGAAAAAGCUAUUAUUAAUGGAAAUGUUACAGUGGGAAUGUGUCUUCAAAAAAAUGAGUCAUGCCCAGAUGGUUACUACAAUGAGUAUAUGGGGCCUCAAGAACAGGGUUCUCUAAAGCCAUUAGAAGGCAAAGCUAUUUGCAGAAGUUGUCAUCCUCGAUGUAAGAAAUGUACUGGAUAUGGUUUCCAUGAACAAGUGUGCCAAGAAUGUGCUCUGUAUAAACGUGGAGAACAGUGUGAAGAUGAAUGCCCUUUUGAUCAUUACGCGGUUGAAUCUCACCAUGAGUGUAUGCCCUGUGAUCAAGAGUGCCGUGAGUGUUAUGGUCCUACUAAUUCUGAGUGUAAAGCCUGUCGCAACAUGCGAUUAUGGACGGAUACUAACCACAAUAGUUCCUCUUUCAAUUGUACGGGUACCUGUCCUCCAGAAAUGCCUUAUAAAAUAUUUCCAAUUGUUCCAUCUGAUGGUGAACCUUAUUGUUCAAACGUUCAGCAGGAAGGUGUAGGAGGACGGCCGGACAUAAUUACCAGUUACCCUACAAUGUUUGGAAUAGGUGUGUUUGUUUGCUUAUCAAUUAUCGCGGGUCUUGCUAUGAUAUUUUGGGUAUAUAGACGAAAGGCAAAAGCAAAGGAAAAUGCUGUGAAAAUGACAAUGGUAAUGACUGGAUUAGAAGACAAUGAACCUCUAAGGCCGACUAAUGUGAAACCGAACUUGGCCAAACUAAGAAUAGUGAAGGAAGCUGAACUUAGAAAAGGAAGUGUUCUUGGAUACGGGGCAUUUGGUACAGUGUAUAAGGGAGUAUGGGUUCCAGAAGGUGAAAAUAUAAAAAUUCCUGUAGCUAUUAAAGUUCUUCGUGAAGGUACAAGUUCUAACACCAGCAAAGAGUUUUUGGAGGAAGCCUAUAUUAUGGCUAGUGUGGAGCAUCCAAACUUGCUUCAGCUCCUUGCUGUGUGUCUUGCAUCACAAAUGAUGCUGGUAACACAGUUAAUGCCUUUGGGAUGUUUGUUAGAUUAUGUACGCAAUAAUCGUGAACGUGUUGGUUCUAAACCACUGCUCAACUGGUGCACGCAGAUUGCAAGAGGCAUGGCAUAUUUGGAAGAAAAGCGCCUGGUGCAUCGUGAUUUAGCUGCACGUAAUGUUUUAGUUCAAACACCAACCUGUGUGAAAAUCACAGAUUUUGGUUUGGCAAAAUUACUCGCAAUUAAUGAAGAUGAAUACAAGGCAGCAGGUGGCAAAAUGCCCAUCAAGUGGCUGGCCCUGGAAUGCAUCCAGCAUCGGAUUUUUACUCACAAGAGUGAUGUUUGGGCUUUUGGUGUAACUGUCUGGGAAUUGCUUACAUAUGGUGGGCGACCAUAUGAAAGUGUUCCUGCACGCGAUGUGCCUGAGCUUCUGGAGAAAGGAGAACGCCUGCCUCAGCCGACGAUAUGCACCAUCGACGUGUACUUGCUAAUGAUCAAGUGCUGGAUGCUGGAUGCGGAGAGCAGACCGAGCUUCAAAGAGCUUGCAGAUGAGUUUGCUGCGAUGGCACGUGACCCAGGGCGUUUUCUCGUUAUUCAGGGAGACCGAUUCAUGAAGCUUCCUUCUUACUCUGGGCAGGAUGAAAAGGAGAUGAUUCGCAACCUCUCUUCUCCUGUGGAAGGUCCUGAAGCUUUGGUGGAUGCGGAUGAGUACUUGCAACCCAAGUCCCGAGCUCCGCUGGGCCCUGCGCUCACGAGCAUUGACUCCUCCUCUUCCUCCUCACCCCCUCAUCCUUGUUCUAAACGACUGUGGACAGCAUCCGCAGAUUCCCCCACACCUCAAAACCAACAGAAUUGGAGUCGUGAGGCGUUGCAGUGUGGCCCGGCACCUCUCUGUAGGGACCAGUCUUCUACUCGAUCGUCAGAUGAACCAGACUGUGGCAGCACGCGGUACUGCAGUGACCCAUUGAAAAUGGUGGGAACAAGAGAGUCUGAAGGCCUGUCUGACCCGUGCCAUGCUGUUGGACUCCCCAGCAGGUGCGAAGCUCAAGUGGGAACCCUGAAACUGGAACUGCCUUUGGAUGAUGACGACUACUUGAUGCCAUCUCCUCAGCAGAGUCAGUCCACAACUACUUACAUGGAUCUCAUAAGUGAUACCAAAAUAAUAGGGAAAGGAAAAUCUGGAGUAGAUAAUCCUGAAUAUCAUGUUAUGCGUGAAGAUGCAAUGGCGAUGCCAGCACAUACCAUUGGUAUUCCCACAGAUCCAGCAGAACGAGUUGCUCCUCGGUUGCAUCUUCCUCAACACAAAUCAUCCGAAGAAGAGUCAGAUCAUGAGUACUACAAUGACUUUGAUAGACUUCAGAGGGAAUUGCAACCUCUUAAACCUUUACGAAGAAACGAAACUACUGUCUGAAGGAAAAUUGGAACAGUUUAUGAAACAGAUACUUAUAGUGGAGGAGUUUUGUAGUACAAUCGUGUGUGGAGUGGCUAAUGGACAUCAAGUGAACACCACACAUACUCGAAAGCCUGUGGAUUUGUUUCAUUAUCAACAGAUUUGUGCCAUUUUUGUGGCUUGUAUAUUUUAUAUCAAAAAUUGAUUUAUUGAGUGAAUGAGUUGAGUGAUGUGUGAUAUUUCGUACGAACAAUUCUCGAGCAAGAAAGCAUUUUGUGUGUGAUAUACUAGAUAUUUUAAAUACGAUUGUGGGAGAAAUGUAUUGAAAGGACUCAAAACUCCACUGGAAAUGUUUCUUCUUGCACGGGCGAAAGACUGUGAUACGGAUUAUUGUACCUAAUUUUUUUUUUUUACUUUGAGAGGACGAAACUCUUUAAAGUUGAUUGCCAACAAAAUUGGUGAGAUGUUAAUACAAGAACAAAAUUAGAAACUAAAUCUCAUAGUUUAUAAGUGUGCUUGAAGAAGCUCUCCUAAUGGCAAGUAGAAAGGGAUUAUAUUUUUACAUCAUUUCAAUCAACAUUUGAAAGCACUUAAAUAUUUUAGUUUCAUUUAGUGUGUGCCAUUAUAUACUUUUUAAGGGAAUGGAAAACCGAAGAAUUGUACAAUAUUUCAUGUUAUUACUUCUGUACAUAAACAAAAUGACCUUAAUUAAAAUCAACUAAUGUAUAUUUUAUUCCUCCUCGAAAUUUGAUUGUUAUUAGCAAUGUGCCUGCAAAUGUCCUAAGGUUCAUUCUUCCAUCUUGUUUUGGAAUAAUGUCCUUGCUUGCACAAGUUUUGCAUUCCUCAUUUGGUCACUGCAUCAGAUGCAGAGAAAUAUGGAUAUGGCCCUAGUUCUGAGGAUCAUUAUGUUUAUAUUGCCAUUUCAAUAAUCCUGCUACAUACCUAUUGGUACAGGAAAUUCUUGGAUUAUUGAAUCUGGAUAUUCGUUGAGUAGUUACAAAUUUUCAAUUAAAAUGUUUAAAGUUUAUUUG